AUGGAACAAACUGUAUCAGCAAAUUAUUCUCGAAUUUGCGGUAGAGAGCUAAUAUAUGCAUUAAUUAAGAAAUGUACUCCGACAAAUAGUACCUAUCCAUGCUUUCAAAGUUCAACAAAUACAAUAUAUGCUGAUAGGAAAUCAAAUCGUAGCUAUCGUCGAGGUGUUGCGACAGUUUGUUGCGAUUACGGGAAAUGUUCGCAAGAAUAUUUGGCGACAUUUUGUUGUGAAAAAUUAGUUGUUGCACAAUGA